AUGGACAUUGCAGAUAAAUUCCUCUCCUGGACUUCCCAGGAUACCGGCCCUUUCCCGUACCCACUACCAUAUACCUCUCCGACCAAGGAAAGCGAUUUUACACUACAGCUGGCUUAUGGACUGCACAACCAGGAAGCUAGCCAGACAAAAGAUAUCCCGCCUCUACCACUCGAGAUCGAUACGGAUACCCCCGAAACACUAGAACAGCGAUCUACAUCUCCGAAUACUACCACCGGCUUCAACUCCCUCCUUUCGCCCACCGAUACAUGCAGCUCCUCUCCGACCCUCUCGGAGGCCCGAGGCUCAGUCUCGUCGGAGAGCAGCGCGGGCACCAAACAAGUUUCUUCCAAACCUGGACCUAAAAAUACCAAACGCGCCGUGCAAAACCGCGCCGCCCAGCGCCGCUUCCGCGAGCGCCGAGACGAGCAGAAUCGCACCCUCCGCGAAAAAGCAGAAUACCUCCAAGAGCGAUACGAAGCCCUCGGGGAACGGCUCAACGCAAAAUCAGACGAGGUCAACCAGCUAGAGAGGAAAAACGGAGAAUUGAGCUCGGAAAUCCAGGACCUGCGCCGGCGAUGGCGCACGAUGGUUCUCCUUUUACAGCGACCCAAGAGUCUGCAGUUCUUGUCGAUGUUUGUGGGCGAUGCGGGGCUGCCGCUGGAUCAGUUGGAUGGCUAUGUGCGGUGCUUGGAUGCGUUGAUUUUUCCGGAGAAGAGUUGA